ACAUUUGAGAAUAAGAAGCUUUCAGUUACCGUUUACUUGUGAAACAAAUCGGAGUGAAAAAUAAAAAUGAAUAAUAUUCAAGUGAAUAUAUUUUUAAUAUUGCUAAUAGCAUAUAAAGUUUAUAGUUCGUGUCUUAUGGCCUCAAAAGAAUUGGGUGAUCAAUGCAGUCUCUAUUGCUAUCAAGUCGUAAAGCCGCUUCUUCAAUACGUAAAUACUACCACAACAAUGACACAGGAACAGAACGAAUUGCAGCAAACAAUAAAGGUGCAAGCCGAAACAAUAAAAAACUUGAACGAAUUGAUGAAAUCUAAAGAUAUGCAACUAAUGCAGCAAAACAAAUCGAUUCAGUUAAGUGAAAGUCACGCUCUAAAUCAACAGAAACUUAUUGAUGAAUAUAAAAUGCAAUCGGAACUCAAUUCAAGAUUCUAUGAAUCGUGUCAAAGGCGUAAUCGUAAUCAACAAAAUCUUUAUGAAAAUUUGAGUAAAUCGUUCAAAACUCUCAAUCAAAAUCAACAAAAACUUAUUGAUCAGUUUCAAGUGCAAUUAUCUAAUCUGAAAUCAGAAAUCCAGUCUAAAGAUAACAAAAUAACCAAAUCUGAAAAUUUAAAUACCAAUGUGUCAAGCUGUCUCCGCAAAAUGACGGGUAUUCAUGUGAUCACACUCCCCGAUGCUCAGCCAUUCAUAGUUUCAUGUGAAUCGAAUUGGAUUGAAGCUGGAACUGGAUGGACUGUAAUACAACGACGAAAAGAUGGCAGCGUCGACUUCAAUCGAACGUGGUCUGAGUACAAAGAAGGUUUUGGAGAUCUGGGUGGAGAAUUCUUCCUUGGGCUUGAGAAACUUCACUUGCUAACACAAUCUAAACCUCAUGAAUUGUAUAUACUCCUUGGGGACUUCAAACAUGAAACACGAUAUGCCAGAUACAAUAACUUUGUCAUUGGCAACGAGACAGAGUUUUAUAAGUUAGAAGAACUGGGAAUAUAUUCAGGAAAUGCUGGUGAUGCUUUGAGUUGCCACAAAAAUAAACCGUUUUCAACAGUAAAUAAAUUUCAUCAUAGUGGCUCCAACCCUUGCGCUAAAAAAUAUAAUUCUGGCUGGUGGUUUUAUGAUAACGAUGACACCUCUUGCUCUGUGAUGGAAGGGGUCUUGCGGAAAGCCGGUGUGCAUCGUGCUGGCACUAUAUUUUAUGAUGAUAUUGACAUCAUUGGUUGCUAUAUGUGGUAA